CCGAUAGACUGCAGAAUGAGUCCAUGGAGCAAGUGGUCAGAGUGUGAUCCUUGCCUCAAACAAAGGUUUCGCUCAAGAAGCAUUGUAGCCUUCGGACAGUUUCAUGGGAAAAGCUGUGUUGAUGCUUUGGGAGACAGACAACAUUGUGAACCCACCCAGGAGUGUGAAGAGGUACAGGAAAACUGUGGGACUGACUUUCAGUGUGAAACAGGCAGAUGCAUAAAGAAAAAAUUUCUGUGUAAUGGUGACAACGACUGUGGAGAUUUUUCCGAUGAGAUUGACUGUGACAGUGACCCACGCCUCCCGUGCCGUGACCGAGUGGUGGAAGAGUCUGAGCUGGGACGAACAGCAGGCUUUGGGAUCAACAUCUUAGGGAUGGAUCCCCUGAGCACACCCUUUGACAAUGAGUUCUACAACGGACUCUGUGACCGGAUACGGGACGGAAACACUUUGACAUACUAUCGCAAACCUUGGAACGUAGCUUUUCUGGCCUACGAAACAAAGGCUGAUAAAAAUUUCAGAACUGAGAAUUAUGAAGAACAGAUCGAAAUUUUCAAAAACAUCAUCAGAGAGAGAACCUCGACAUUUAAUGCAAAUUUAGCCCUAAAAUUUUCAAUCACCGAAGCACCUGUAAAAGGAGUUGAUGCAGUCUUCCCAGAAAAAAACUCUUCUUCGAUACCUAAAGACUCUUCAGCUAAGUUUCAAUUUUCAUAUUUCAACAAAGAAAAUUUUCAACGAUUGUCAUCUUAUUUUUCACAGACGAAAAAGACAUUUCUGCAUGUGAGAGGAGUGGUCCAACUAGGGAGAUUUGUGAUGAGGAAUCGGGGUGUUGUGCUGACGACAACUUUCCUGGAUGAUGUAAAAGCUUUACCAACAUCCUAUGAAAAGGGAGAAUAUUUUGGAUUUUUGGAAACCUAUGGGACUCACUACAGUAGCUCUGGGUCCCUGGGAGGACUCUACGAACUGAUCUAUGUCUUGGAUAAAGCGUCCAUGAAAGAGCACGGUGUUGACCUGAAUGACGUAAAGCGGUGUCUUGGGUUUGGCCUGGAUGUUUCUCUGCAUACUCCUCUAUUUACCACCUUAGAGGGACCAUCACUCUCAGCAGGUGUUAAUAACAGUAAUUGCAUAAAGACAGGUGGUGGGAAAAGUGUAAACAUCACCCGUGAUAACAUCAUAGAUGAUGUUAUUUCAUUCAUACGAGGAGGGACCAGGAAGCAAGCGAUCCAGCUGAAAGAGAAGCUUCUCAGAGAAGCCAAGAGGAUCGACGUGGUUGACGUCGUCAACUGGGCCUCGUCCUUGGUUGACGCUCCAGCUCUCAUUAGUCAAAAACUGUCCCCUAUAUAUAAUCUCAUUCCUUUGAAAAUAAAAGAUUCAUACACAAAGAAGCAAAAUUUGGAAAAGGCUGUUGAAGAGUAUAUGGAGGAAUUCAGUGCUAAAAAGUGCCACCCAUGUCAAAACGGAGGUACAGCAAUUCUUCUGGAUGGACAGUGCCUGUGCUCCUGCCCAAUCACAUUUAAGGGGAUCGCCUGCGAAAUCAGAAAUCAAAGAUAGCCUUCAGGAAAGAAAGCAAACCCUGGUUCACAUGGAAGGGAGAAUAAAGGACAAAAAAAAAAAAAAAAAAAGAA